CAAACCGUCUCCACUUUUAGUUUUUCUCGACUCUCCGUCUCACAGGUCUCAGUUACUGUAGACUGUAGCCCACCACCUACGACUAUUGUUUCGUCUUCCGUCGGUCUUCGGAGCUUAGAUUUUUUUUUUAUACUUUUUUUCACUCACCCCUCGUCCCUAGCCACCAACGCUAUGUGGAGUCCCACACACGUACAAGUCACAGUUCAGAGGACCAGGGGUUUAAACUUCAAGAAUAAAAACGCCAAAAAUGAUGUAUUUGUCACCAUUGGUUUGGGGAAAGAAAAGUAUCAAACAUCGCCAAAAGAAAAAGCUGUUGAUACCGAGCUGACAGAAUGGCAUGAAGUUUGUGAAUUACAAAUUCCUAAACAAGGAAAUACCGCAGAAUUAGUGCUAAGUGUACUUCACCGAAAUUUUUUGGGACUAGACCAAUUUUUGGGCCAGACCACAAUACCUUUGGCCGAUAUAGAUGUUUAUGAACGUCCAAAAAGCCAGUGGUAUCCUUUAAAAAGCAAAAAUGGACAAGAAACCAAAGAACGGGGUGAAUUACAGGUCAAAAUAGCAUUCACAGUUAAAUCUGGAAGUCUACGGGAUCUUAGCAAGAAAGAAAAACACAGAUUAUCUGUAGGGCAAUUAUCACACACAGCGUCUAAUAUCAGUGGUAGUUUGAUGAGCAUUAGUAGUGUUGAUAAAAAAUCAUUUAAGAAGUUAGCCAAAACAAUAACGGGAAAAAUUAAAAGAGAGAAAAAAAUUCAAGAAAUAUCAUCCUCCAGUAUUAAUUUAAGUGUGGAAAAUCCAAACAAAAUAAAAUCUUCACAAGAAGGAUACGAUGCCGACCCAGGUGUUAUCAGUGACGAUGAUGAUUUUGCAGUAAAUAUAACACUCGAAGAUUUAUCACAUAAGGGGUCAGCUUGCUCUUUAGAGACAUCCGGUCAAUCUGAUCGCAAAGGUGUGAAUAGUUCACCGAUUAGCGGGUUAACAUUACAUAUUCAUGGAUCAGUCGAAAGUGUUAGUAACUCAGAUACUAUGAAUAAAUCUCCAGUUAUGAAUCGGUCACCAGUUUCUCAGACACAAGACGAAUGGCAAAGAAAACUGUACAAAAACAAGGAUAAUAAUAUGUUGAAACUUUCUGAUACUCUUAAGUCAAAAUUGAAAGACACUGUAGACAUGCCUAUCAAUCACGAUAGAACUAAAGAUAAAAGUCCAACACCAUCUCUCAAAAAUAGUCCUAAAGUUCAAAAGAAACAUCCUAUUUCACCACUUGAUGACCGUUCUUUUAACAAUAAGGAAUCCACCCAUGAAAAUGACACGUUACCAAAAAGCAAGUCGGCGUUGUCCUCGUGGAAUAAAGCAUAUGAGCGUAUCAUCAUUGGCAAGGAAAAAGAUUCCAGUCAUCAUCAAAAUUCACAUUCGAAACACUCAUCGGAGGUGCUUCAGAAGUUUGAUGGCAAAACCAGAGAUGACUUGAUCGAAAUGGUCAUUCAGCUGCAAAGCAGUUUGCGUGAUGAGAGCAAACAGAGAACCGAGUUAGAGGAGUACUUGGACAAAUUGCUGUUGCGCGUCAUGGAAACAUCACCGAAAAUUUUGCAAACACCUUACAUUUGUUACAAGCGCAGAGUAUAGUAUUAUUAUUCUACCAAACAGUAGUGACCGGACCGAAAAUGUAUUUAUUUUUCUAUUUUUUUUUCAUCACAAACGAGAUGACUGUUAGGCUUCCCAACUAGGUGGUGGUGCACUCAACCGCAUUAUUAAUAAUUACAAGCCUGCAUAAUAUAUUUUUUCAACCAUUACAAGUAGUAGUAUUGUUUACACUUCUCGUCAAAUCAACAUGUAUACUUGUUUACCAAAUACCAAAUUUUUAAUUUUUUUUUCUUACUGUAUUUUGUUGUUUCUAGGAUUUAAAGCGUCAAAAGUCAAAAUGAUGUAGCCAUUUAAAUGUUUGGCACAGUUAUUAUGUUAUUUUUCUAUCUUAGCUCCAUUAACUAUUUGAUUAUAAUUUCACGGUUUGCUUGUUAUUUUUUAUUAGACAAAUUACUAUUUAUAUAUACAUAAUAUAGGUGUGUAACAGCAAAUGUAUUAUUUUUUUACUUUACUUGUUAUCUGAUAGUUAUUAUUUGUAGAACAAUUUUAAGACAUUUGUAGUUGUAUUAAUUUAUUCUUAUAUAAUAUGUUUAUGCCAUUUUAAUAGAAAGCAUAAAUAAAACACAGAGUAACAAAGUUUCUAAUUGUAUUCGUCUUAAUGUUUUGAAGUAAAUUUGUUUAGAGGGUAUAUUAAAAAAAAAAAUGGAAACAGAGCUCGCUGCCUUUUGUGUAAAACAAUUUUUUUAUUACUAUUAUUUAAGUGUAAUCUAAUGUUGUGAUUUUUAUAUGUGCUAUUUUUAUAUAAGAAUUACCGUUUAUUGUAACUAACAAUAUUUUUUUAAUUUUAUAAUAUUGCCCAUUAUGCACAUAUUAUUGUUAUCUGUGUACAUUUUUGUCAUAAUACUAUGUGUGACAUUAUGUAAUCAUUUUUGUUUUGUUGUAAAUUAUGUUAUCUGUUUCAAAUAUUACUAACUUUGUAUAACAUAUCAGGGUGUUAGUGUGACAUUAUGAAUUACAGAUUUUUUCAAAGAUUUAA